AUGGCGAAGUUUAAGAUGAAAGACUACCAGCACUGGCUGCUUUUUGUUUUGUUUCUUCCUUUAUCAUGUGUUUUAUGUUUCAGCGAGUUGUCCUUCAUCACAGAGCCCAGCGAUGUUACCGCACUACCAAAGGACCCUGCAGUCUUGGACUGUCAGGCUCAUGGACAGCCUCCAGUCACCAUCAAGUGGCUGAAGAAUGGAGUUCAUUUGGCAGAAAGUGAGCACAUACAGUUUCUGUCCAACGGCUCCUUGUACAUACCUAAGAUAAAGCAUACCAAGGAGGAAUCAGAUGAGGGAUUCUACCAGUGCCUCUCCCAGAACAAAUAUGGAGCUAUCCUAAGCCAAAGAUCACGUCUGACUAUCGCAAGCAUCUCAGAGUUUUUGCUGCAUCCUGUGCCUAUGGUGGUGACUGAGGGCUUAGUGGCACGAUUCUCCUGUGCGGUCACCUCCAGCCCUCCUGCCACCAUCACCUGGGAGCUCAACCAAAGCACAUUGCCGCUACAGACAGACAGAAUAACGGUUUUGCCCAACGGAGUCCUUCAGAUCCACAAUGUACAAAUGGAAGAUGCUGGACAGUAUCGAUGUGUGGCAACUAACAUCGGUAGCCGUUUGAAAAGCAGAGCGGCCACACUGACAGUCAACCAAGGUGCAGGCCCUAAACCACGUCAGAGGCCCAGAAUUAUUGCUGGACCUCAAAAUGUCACAGUUUCUCUUCACCAAACUGUGGUGCUGGAGUGUGUGGCCACAGGGAAUCCCUGGCCCAUCAUCUCCUGGAGCCGUGCAGACAGUAAACCUAUCGAUGUGUACAACGCCAAAGUGCUGGGCAAUGGGAAUCUGGUUAUUACUGAUGUUAAUUCCAAGCACAGUGGAGUCUACCUCUGCAGGGCUACCACCCCUGGAACCCGCAACUACACUAUAGCUGCAGCCAACGUCACCGUUCAAGUGCCACCAUCCAUCGUUGAGAAGCCUGAGAGCCAGACCCGUCCAAGAGCAGGCACUGCCCGGUUUAUGUGCCAAGCAGAAGGAGUGCCCCCGCCACAUAUCAGCUGGCUAAAGAAUGGGGAAGAGGUCCAUUUAAAUGGGAGGAUUAAGAUGUAUAACAGUAAAUUGGUGAUUACCCAGAUCAUCCCUGAGGAUGAUGCCAUCUAUCAGUGCAUGGCAGAGAGUGAACAGGGUUCUGUGCUGUCCUUGGCUCGCCUUAUUGUUGUCAUGUCCGAGGACAGACCCAGUGCACCGAGAAAUAUCCAUGCUGAGACCAUCUCAAGCUCUGCUAUCUUACUGGCCUGGGAGAGACCUCUCUACAAUGCAGACAAAGUCAUUGCCUACUCUAUCCAUUAUAUGAAGGCUGAAGGUCUAAACAACGAAGAAUACCAAGUUGUUAUUGGCAACGACACGACCAGUUAUAUCAUCGAUGACCUUGAGCCAGCUCGAAACUACAGCUUUUACAUUGUGGCUUAUAUGCCAAUGGGAGCCAGCCGUAUGUCAGACCAAGUCAGUCAACAUACCCUGGAGGAUGUGCCUUUACGUACCCCCGAGCUAAGUCUGACCAGCCACAGCGCCACGGAUAUCCAGGUGAGCUGGCAGCCGCUGCCCCCCAAAGUGAGCCGCGGCCUGGUGUCUGCAUACCGACUAUCCUAUCGUACAGCUGCGGAUAACACUGUCAACUCUGUGGAGCUACCUCAGAACAGCACAGAAUACCUGCUGGAGGGCCUGCAGCCUGACACCAUCUACCUGCUCCGUAUGGCUGCAGCCACCCGUGUGGGUUGGUGUGAACCCUCUGCAUGGACCUCGCACCGUACUCCUAAGAUCUCCACCAGCAAAGUGCCUUCAGCCCCUAUUCUUCAACUAGAGCCUCUUAACUGCACUUCAAUUGUGGCACGCUGGCAAACCUCCCCAGAAUCUGUGACUGUCCAGGGAUACCGGCUGUGUUACCAUGAGGAAGGCCAACCAGAGCAGCCCACCAUCCAGCUGCAGGCUCAGACCUAUACCCACACCAUGAGUGGCCUUGAUCCAAGAAGAAAGUAUCAUGUUAAGAUUCUGGCUGUCAGUCAAGCUGGACAUGGCUAUCAGACAGACCAAACAAUCAGUACUCCAGGAUGUGUGUCGACUAGAGACCAACCGGCAGCAUCCCCACCACCUCCAGACCACGUGACUGUCUUGGCCAACAAUUCGUCUGCAGUGUCCCUGCGCUGGAGCCGUCCUGCUUUCCCCUCUGAAAAGGCUGUUAGCUAUACAGUCCGUUGUACACCUGUGGGCACCCACAACGCUUCUGCUAUACGCUACCUACAAAUUACCAAACAGAAUGUGGUGGUUCAGAAUUUGGAUCCAAACACUCGCUAUGAGUUUGUUGUGCGUCUCCAUGUGGACCAGAUGUCCAGUCCCUGGAGCUCUGUUGUUUACCAUCGAACUCUGCCAGCAGCACCAAGCCGCCCACCUGAAGGAGUGCGAGUAACUCUGAUCGAGGAUGACACUGCCCUCGUGUCCUGGAGGGAGCCCACAGAGCCCAAUGUGGUGGUUACACACUAUACCAUCCUGUAUGCUUCCCAGAAAGCCUGGUUGGCUGGACACUGGCAAAUACUGCAGAGGGAGGGAAGCCACACCAUGGCCCUGCUGGAGAAGCUGGAGCCGGGGAACGUCUACCUGGUGAAAAUCUCUGCCUCCAACCAGGUCGGUGACGGGCCUUUCUCUAGCAUUGUGGAUCUGGUACUGAAGCGUGGAAACACCCACCGCAGCAAGAACCCCAGGCACUCUGACAACUUCCCGGAUACAACAGUGUUCAACGAUGGCCUUUACCACAUAGACCAGAGGUCUAUGACAGGGAUCAUUGUUGGUGUGAGCAUCGCCUUGGCCUGUAUUGUUAUGUGUGCCUUGAUCCUCAUCAGUAAGGGCAGACCAAGAAAAUCCUCCAGUCACAAAGUCAUUGCUGUGGGGGCUGCUGAAGAUCCACUUACUGGUUUGUCCCUGCCCAGUGAACACCUUACAGAGAAUGUGGAGGCCCUUAUACCCAUGAUAAGUGCUCGCUUUAUAGAUGCCAAGGGUGGAUCUAAUAUAAUCAUAAAUAGUGCGGGUGCAGUCAGCAGUAAGAAUCAAAGCAAGAGGUGGUUACUCUUCAAGAGAGACAUCAGGAAUCCAGCUGAAAGUGAUAUUGAGAGGAGAGCCAGCUUGUAUGAGGCUGGAAAAACCGUUCUGAGGUACGAGGAGCGUUCAGGUUCAGCACCCCUGCCCCCUUCGUCCCGGGAGAUCAUCUACGGACCUUACCACUCGGAGAGCUCUCACACCAGCGAGGGCAGCCAAGAGACGGGAGACUCUGGACACUACUCCAACGAAGAAAGCAACGAAGAGAUGAGCAACCCUUCGACCAGCCAAAGCUCCAGACCUGAAUCUUUUGGGCCAGACGAUAUUACCACUGUUGCUGAGCUGAAGCAGUCUUUUGAAGUGGAAAAUGAGGAGAUGCUGAGUCGUCCCCUCCAUCACUCCGCCCCAGACACUACCAGGCUCUGUUGCACCUCAGAGGGCGCUCAUCCUGCCCUCCACACGUCCCAAGCAGUCGGGUCCUGACACCACUUGGCCUAGAUCUCUCUCCAGCAGCCGAAGCUAAGCCACUUCUACCUUGUUUGCUUCCUGAGUUGAGCCCCUCGGUUAUUUCCUGAGGCACAAGGGAUCAGGAGGCCAGCUGCUGCGAUGGAGGAAAUGUGCUUUUACUUCAGAUCUACCUCAGGAUUUUGUAUGAAUGUUCGUUAUAACAUUUUAUUUCCUUUUUUCCUUUUUUUAACUUUCUACCUGUUUGUCUGUGUUUGGCGUUGUCUGUCCUAAACCAAAGCUCACCCAUGAUGAAUGUUAAAAAGAAUGUCUCAAAUGUACUGUGAUACAUUUUCAUUAUAUUUAAUUACUUUCCACUGGAGCAGAGGGUGUAGUUGAGCUCUUUUGACUGAUUAUCUACCUCCGUGUUCUGUUAUUGUACAUACAUUACUACCUCCUUUUCACCACGUAUGGUGCAGUAUUAUCUCAGACUCAGGGGACAAGGUGAA